AAGGUGAGCGAGGCGGGCGGACAGGCGGCGCGGUGGACAGGCGGCGCGGUGGACCGGCGGGACGGAGGACGGAGCUCCGGGGGAAAUGUGCGCUCUGCUACAGGCGGUUUAUAGACUCAAGACAGGCUGAAAGCGCGUGUGCGAGAUGAGGAAUGAGGCUGAGUAGGGCGGCGUGUCUGUAGCUGGUGAUAUAAACUGGGUUUAAGUGAGGAACGGGAGAUGUUGGCAGUUUGUAAACAGAACUUGCUGCUGCUGAGCUGUGCGAGAGGGCACGUAGCUCGGCUUAGUGUCACUAAUGUUGUGGCCAGCAGGCACCAGCAUGGCUGGGGCUGGACUCGGCCCCCUGAGGAGCAUGGCCACCAAAUUCUCCAGACUAAAACUGUGACAAAGUCGUUUCAAAGAUUAAACCCCCAGUUCAGCAGUGCGGGAGCUCGGCCCGCGUGUGUUCACCUCCUCAGCGACCCCACCAGCCGUGAGAGAACCUCGGUGGAAGCCAGUCCGGAAUGUAUUAUUAAAUCAACCCUCAGAACAACCCCCCUCCCUGCGUUCAACAGACCAAAACUCCACAGCUCUUACCACAGCUUCCAGCUGCACCCAUGCACCUGGCUCUCCAGUGACUGGGUCCAUGCUGGAGCUCUCUCUGGGGUCAGAAGCUACAGCACUGUUCCUGAACCUCAAGUUCAGAAACCAUCAGAUCAAGAAGACAAGAGAGAUGAAGCCACCCAUAGUGCCUCCUCUGCCCCACCUUCAAACCAAGGAUCCUUUAAAGAGCUGUAUGAAAAUCCUUGGACAAUCCCCAAUUUCCUCUGCAUGGCUAGAAUUGUACUGUCUCCUGUCCUGGGCUACUUGAUUAUGGAACAGUACUUCCAUAUAUCUCUUGGACUAUUUGUUUUGGCUGGAGCGACAGACUUGCUGGACGGCUAUAUUGCUCGAAACUGGCCAAACCAGAAGUCGGCACUGGGCAGCGCUCUGGAUCCACUGGCGGAUAAGAUCCUUAUUAGUGUGCUGUACGUCAGCCUCACAUAUGCACAGCUCAUCCCAGUUCCACUCACUGCUCUGGUGAUCUGCAGGGAUGUAGCCCUGAUUGCCGCGGUUUUCUAUGUACGAUACAAAACUGUUCCUCCUCCGGUUACCCUCAGCAAGUUUUUUAACCCAUGCUACACUACUGCCCAGCUUAAACCAACACUUAUAAGCAAGGUCAACACUGCAGUCCAGUUGUUGCUGGUGGCUGUAUCACUUGCAUCCCCAAUUUUCCACUAUACUGACAGUGUUUUGCUGCAGUCUUUGUGGUACUUUACUGCACUGACGACUGCAGCAUCGGGUUACAGCUACUUUCAUUAUGGAAGGAAAACUGUUGAAGUAUUGAACAAAACAAAGUAGUUGUCGUUAUCUGUGUCAUCAAGCAGAUCUGGUCUGACGGUUAACUUGUUUGGAUAUCAGUUGAAUGAACACUCUGUACGUAUCUCAAGUUGAUGCAGAGUUCCUGUUUAAUCUGUAGCUGAAUUGUUUCAGUGUACAGCAAGCUAUUGAAUUAAACUAUUUUGAUAUCACACUAUAGAACAAUUAUAAUAGCUCUGGACAGUACAUAAUUAUGUAAUAAUGGAAUGUUUUUUAAAAUAAGUUUCUAUCACCACAAUCACAAUUUUCUGAUUAAAAAUUUUGAAUCAAA